CCGACCUUACAAGUCAGACGCUACCAUGGCGGACGCCGGAGCCUCUUACCCUCCCCCAGCUUACACUGACAAGGGUGGUGAGCAGCAGCCGCAACAGCCGCAACAGCAGGGGUAUGGCUUCCAGCCGCAGCAGUACGGACAGUACCCCCCUCAACAGGGACAGUACCCCCCACAACAGGGCCAGUACCUAGCGCAAGCGGGGUACCCGGCGCAAGGGGGGUACGUGCACAUGGGGACUACCGUGGCCGUGACAGGGCAGCCGACCAUGAUGAUGGUGCAGAGCCGGGCUAAUGACUACAUGGGGCUGUCCAUCUUCACUCUCUUGUGCUGCUGCCUGCCGCUCGGCAUCGCGGCCAUCGUCAGCUCCUGCGAGACGCAGGACGCAAACAAUGCUGGAGACAUCAACAGGGCCCAGUCCGCGUCAAACCGCGCCAAACUGCUCAACUACUGGGCGCUGGGCCUUGGCAUCUUCUUCUGGGUCAUCGGGGUCAUCCUCAUCAUCCUGUACUUCGUCUUGUUCGCCUCCAUAUGGUGGGGCUGAAGGUCAAACAUGACCGGUUGUCGCCUUCGUAAUUUGGUAUCCAGUCUAUCGUGGUUGGGACAGGCUGUCUUCGGGGCUCUAAUAGCUUUCCCGGUAGGAGUGUUACGCCUGUAGGAGCUUUGCUAGUAGAGAUUGGCACGCCGGGAGUUGAUUUGCCCCAC